GACAUGCACGGUCCAGAAUCUCUCCGACUAGCGUCCGCUCGGCCCUCGCCCUGUGCACCACAGCUUCAGCUUUUCCGCGGACGACGACCGCAGCCACUCGAGCUCAAGAUUCUGUAUGCCACUCCAGUGAUGAGAUGAAUAUACCACCACCAGAUCGAAUCCGGAAUCCCACUCCGAGCCCGCCAUCAAGCCAGCCAUAGCUCGGCCGAAUGCAGGGCAUCGUCAUCAGGCGCGCGCUCUGCCCGGCCAAGCUCCACCGCCACGUCCCGUCCAGCCUAUCCAGAGGCCUUUGCUUCCGCGGCGGCAGCGACACACGGUGCGGCGCCGCUGCGGGCAAGAGGCCGCGGGCCGUCGCGGUGAGAGCUCGCGGCGGCCCGGUGGCAGGAGAUGGCGACCGAGCGCCGCCGCUGCAGGAUGCCGUCGGAGCGUCACCGCCACCACGAGGUGGCGGGGCGAAGAGAGGGAGCGUGGCUGGUGCCGCUGCGCUCAUAGUGGGGACAAGCAUCGGGUCAGGCAUCCUUGCCGUGCCGCAGAGCACCGCGCCCGCGGGUUUCGUUCCAAGCGCCGUGUGCAUGGUGGUCUGCUGGGCCUUCCUGGUGGCCGAAGCGCUCCUCAUCGCCGAGAUCAACGUCCACCUGCGUCGGAAGAGCAAGAAAGACGGCGGCGAUGGCGCAGGCCUGGAGGUGAUAUCCAUGAAGAGCAUGGCGCAGGCGACGCUUGGCGAGUGGGGAGGGAACCUGGCCGCCACCGCCUACCUGUUCCUGUCCUACACUUCCAUGGUCGCCUACACGUCCAAGUCCGGCGAGGUGCUCUCCCGCGCGAUCGGCGUGCCCGAGCCCGUCUCUGGCGCCGCCUUCACCGCCGCCCUCGCGCUCCUCAUCGCCGCCGGUGGCACGGGCGUCACGGCCAAAGUGAACCAAGUGCUCACCUUCUUCAUGAUAGGGCUACUGCUGACGAUUGAAGUCUCUGCGGUGGCGUUCGGCGGCGGCCUGAGCCUGCCAGCGAACGCCCACUGGGAGCAGGUUCCAGCGACGCUGCCGGUGAUCAUCUUCACGCUGGUCUACCACGACAUCGCGCCAGUGAUCUGCGCGUACCUGGAGGGGGACCUCGCGAGGAUCCGGCUCUCCAUCCUCGUCGGGAGCCUGGUGCCGCUCGUCUCCCUGCUCGUGUGGGACGACGUCGCGCUCACCCUCUCCGCCUCCUCCACGGACCCCAACGGCCUCGGCAUCCUCGACAUGCUGGAGACAGAGUGGAGCUACGCGGUGGUCGAGACCUUCUCGCUCCUGGCUGUCGGGACGUCUCUCAUCGGGACCCUGCUUGCAGCGUCGCAGUUCUUCAUCGAGCAGAUGACCACCAGUCUAUCCUCAGCCGAGGGAGAUGCACAGAUUGACGAGGACGCUUCUGAGGAAGAAGGAUCUAGCCAGCUUGGCUGGCCAACAUUGCUGGAAAGCAACAGGCUCAGCUUCGUUGCCACAGGGGUGGUGGUUGUCCCAACCAUGCUCAUAGCAGCUGCUGUUCCAGAUUCAUUCUCCAUAGCCACUGACAUCGCCGGGGGCUACUGCAUGACCAUCUUGUACGGUGUUCUCCCCCCAUUGAUGGCCUGGUCUAUUGGCUCCAAAUUAUCCGAUCAAAAAGUUGGGCUUGGACAAGUAGAAGCAGCAUCCACGGCUGGCAAAGAAAGAGUGAACUUCACCGGUGCAACUGCAAAGCCUGUGCUGGUGGGGAUGGGGGUGUUCUCUGUGCUCAUGGUCUUCCAGCAAAUCUUGCAAGACCUUGUCAGUUUUAACACUUAUCUCCUGUCAUGGACUAGCUAGAGUAGAAAGAAGAAGCAAGCACUGAAUAAGUCGAGAUUGUUUCUAGUCAUGGUUUGCUGAUUCGGGAGACAGUCAAGAGAAAAUCCUUAGAUUCGGCCAUCUGUAUCAGUGUACAUAACUUCUCUUUUUUUUCAGCAGAAACCGGAGAAGCCAGUGCUGAAUAAGUUGAGUGGAGCUGCUCCUGGCUUCU